AGAGAGGGAGGGAGACACACACUCAAACACAUACGCUCACUGUGAUACUGUGCACGGGAAAGCCAGUUUAGCCCUGAGAAUCCUGCUGAACUUUGCCAUGAAUGGAGUUCGCUUUCAGGCACUACUGCAGAGCUGCUGGUUGCUUGUUUUUGUAUCCCCCUGGCUGGUGGGCUCCCACCCCCAGUGUUUGGACUAUAAGCCCCCUUUUAAACCCCCAGAGCCCCUCACUUUCUGCACGGAGUACUCCCAGUUUGGAUGCUGUGAUUCAGAGCAAGAGCAGCUGAUCAUGAGGAGAUAUUAUCUGGUUAUGGAUUUCUUUGACUACUCUGGGUACGUGGCCUGUGGAAAAUACAUACGGUCUAUUCUCUGCCAGGAAUGCUCCCCAUACGCUGCCCAUUUAUAUGACGCCGAGGACGCUAACACCCCUAUGCGAAAACUGCCCGGACUGUGCGGGGAAUACUGCACUGAUUUCUGGCAUCGUUGCCGCUCAACCUUGAGCCUUCUCACGGAAGACGACGAGACGGUAGAGAUAGAAGCAGACCGGGAUAAAUUCUGCGCCCUGUUGGAACUCAAAGACCGGGAUUACUGCUACCCCAACGUGCUCACAAACGCCGAACUGAACACCGACCUGGGGGCGGUGCGCGCAGACCCCGAAGGCUGCCUGCAGCUCUGCCUUCAGGAGGUAGCGAACCUCUUGCGCAACCCGGUCGCCAUGGUCCACGCCAACGACGGCACGCAUCGUUUCUUCAUCGCGGAACAGUUGGGCUACGUCUGGGCGUACCUGCCCAACGGGUCGCGGAUUGACAAGCCGUUCCUGAACCUGACAAACGCAGUGCUGACCUCGCCGUGGGCCGGAGAUGAGAGGGGGUUCCUCUGCGUCGCCUUCCAUCCGCGCUACAAGUCCACCGGCAAGGCGUAUGUUUAUUACUCGGUCUCUGUAAAGAGAGAGGAGCGCAUUCGCAUUAGUGAGUUCACGCUUUCUGUGAACGACAUGAAUGUGUUGGACCCAGCGUCUGAACGAAUUCUCCUGGAGGUGGUGGAGCCAGCAUCCAAUCACAACGGAGGACAGCUUCUUUUCGGCUAUGACGGCUACCUCUACAUCUUCAUAGGGGACGGGGGUAAAGCCGGUGACCCAUUCGGAGAGUUUGGGAAUGCUCAGAACAAGUCCUCUCUGCUGGGCAAGGUCCUUCGUGUGGAUGUGGACGAUAACAGCAGCGGGCCCCCGUACCGUAUACCCCCUGACAACCCCUUCGUGAAGGACCCCAGGGCUCGGCCCGAGGUUUACGCGUAUGGCGUGCGAAACAUGUGGCGCUGUUCCGUGGACCGGGGGGACCGCCUGACCCGGACAGGCCGGGGGAGACUGCUCUGUGGAGACGUGGGGCAGAACAAAUUCGAGGAGGUCGACAUCAUCACCAAGGGAGGAAACUACGGCUGGAGAGCCAAGGAGGGCUUCUCAUGCUAUGACAAAAAGCUAUGCAGCAACUCGUCGCUCGAUGAUAUCUUGCCCAUUUUUGCGUAUCCCCACAAGCUGGGGAAAUCGGUGACUGGAGGCUACAUCUACAGAGGCUGUGAGAUGCCUAACUUGAACGGGCUCUAUAUCUUUGGAGAUUUCAUGAGUGGACGCCUGAUGUCUCUGAAAGAAGAUCCCAGCACUGGUGAAUGGCACUACAACGAGAUCUGCAUGGGGAAAGACCAGACCUGCAACUUCCCAAAGACCAUCAACACCUAUUACAAGUACAUCAUCUCGUUUGCCGAGGACGAGGCAGGAGAGCUCUACUUUCUCUCCACAGGCUCCCCCAGUGCAGCAGUGCCAGCUGGGGUGAUGUAUAAAAUAAUAGAUCCUUCAAGGAGAGCACCUCCAGGCAAGUGCCAUUUCACAGCAUCUCCUGUCACUGUGAAAGGAAAGCUGAGUCACUUCCACCCAAGGGAAAGAUUUGUUAAUCGACGCAAAACUACGACAGCUGCUCCAACAGCGACACCGAUCCCGACCUACACCAAUACGACGUUUAUCAACAGAUUUGUUGUGACUUCCUCUUAUCCCACAGUCGCCACCACAAUCAGAUGGACCCCGACUACUGCUGACAGACACGGUACCACCACUGCCAGGCUCCAUGCAGUCCCAACCCCUCCGAUCUACUCCCCAACCAAAACACCAACCACACAGCGUCCCAGAGUCACCUACCAGCUGACAACAAGGAAGCCAGAGAAAUCCUACCAACCUACCACUCGCCCAGCUCCCAAACAACACCAGACUACCAGCAGAUACCAUUCGCUUGCGACAACGGAGCAUCUAACUAAGGGACGACCGACUAUGCCAAGGCCCAGUUUCCGCGAAGUGACCACCAUGCGCCCUCCGAAGACCCAAAAGCCGAACGUCCUCAACGUUCCCAAGAUGAGCGACAAGAGACUCAAGGGUCACGCGGAAGAAGUGGAUGGUUCAGACGGUCAGAAUCAAGUUAACAAGAAAGGCCGUGGUUCGAAGCAGACGAAAGUAAGACAUAGGAAGUUGAAGAACGGGGCGGUGCGACUGGUGAGCGACGGGGAGAAGCUGCCAGAUCGCGGGAGGGUGGAGAUUCACGUCAAGGGGGAAUGGGGGACCGUUUGCGACGAUCUGUUCGACAGCAAAGCCGGGGCCGUGGUGUGCCGGCAGCUGGGAUACCCAUUUGUCCUCCGGGUGGCCAGAAGAGCGGAAAUGGGCGAGGGGAGCAACCUAAACAUCCUUCUAGACGACGUGAAGUGCAAGGGUACGGAAAAGACGCUACUGGAGUGCAAGCGAGCCAAAAUCGGGGAGCACAACUGCUCCCACAAGGAGGACGUGGGGGUGGUGUGUGGGCACGAUGAAUUUGAGGAGGAGUGACAGCAUUUCAGGCAGGACUGGUUUCUUUUUUAGAUAUUUUUCUUCUCUUUAGAAAUCAAUUUUCCUACCUCCUGUUACCGGGGACCGCAUUGGAAGGACUCUUACCAUACCUUCUGUAACUCCCAAGGCUGCACUUAAAAAGUUUUUAUUUCCUACUCCCAAUCAGGUUUGGGAGUCGAUUUCCAGUUUUCCAAUUCCAAUUCCAAUUACUUUUUAACAUCAAUUCCUAAUUGCAAUUCCUUCAAAUUGAUAGUUUAGAGACAUAAUUGUGGUGAUUGUUCAACUGCUUUCAUUUCAUUGACUAACAAACAGUGACUUCAAUUUAAGUAAUGUGGAGCUCAUUUGAUCUGAACCCUGCUAAUUGCAAUUUUGAUCAAUGAUGUGUUGGAAUUGAUUUUUAAAGGGAAUGGGAAUUGAAAUAAACAGGAAUUGACCCCCCAACCCUUCUUCUCUCAAUAUGGAAACCAGAACAGACUAAAGAGAUAUGUUCAGUAAGUUAUCUCAAAACAUUGUUGAUGCUCAGCUAAUUAGCUGUUCUGUUUCUUUCACACGUUCUUUUCACGUUUUUCAGUAAAGCUGCACUGCCAUCUUGUGUUUUUAUUAAGUCAGAGAAGAAUUUGCUACCUUGAAAAGGCUACAGUAUCUCAACUCCGUGACAAACGUGUCUCAUCAGAACCAGCAGCACUCACCUCUGUGUAGGAUUAUGGUCUCACAGGUAUUAUACUUCCCCAUGCCCUCUCUAAGAUCUCUGAGAGAGAGAGAGAGAGAGUUCCUGUUGGGGAAUAGGUUAUACAGGUAUACAGCCCUUUGUUACAAACCAAUAACUGGUUAUUGGUUAUAGAGGUAAAUUAAUACCGUAGCAAUAUUUGUUCAGAAAUUAUAAAAUCCCUCUUUUUAUUACUUUUGUUCAUAUGUACUGUAUAUGUUUUCUUUUUUUUUAUAGAACGUAAAAACACAUUCACAGUGUAACUUUUUUUUUUAAUGUUUUCCCUUAGAAUGUAAGCCAAGAAAAAACACCACAUACUAUAAUGAAGUAAAUGAUUAUUAAAAUUAAUAAUAAUAAAAAAUAAAUAAAAUGCUGGACAUUGCGAGAUGAUUUUGAACUAUUAUAUACACAACCUUUGUUCUUUGGGCACAAAAAAAAUAAAAUAAAUAAAAAUGAAUCUUAAGUGUUUAAUUUGUGUAUUUCCGUUAAUUUUACCUUUUUCUUAUUUAUCUCGAUAUUUCCACCUUUAGUUAAAAUUGCAGACAGAACUGAGAAAAGAGAAUAGAGAAGUUGCAUGCUGGAAUAACCAAUACCACAACCA